AUGAAUCCCGAAGCCAACGCCUCUGUCUUAGGAGGCACUGUGCUCAACGCUGGACCGCUAGGCACUGACACAACGUAUGGAAAGUUACCUCCGCUGAACCCGGAUGACCUGAAGUUACCACCUCCACCACCGUCAGCUGCCGGAAAAGUGACAAAUUUGGCAGAUGCUAUAACUCUCAGCGAAGUGUGGGUGGAGAUCAAGGUCAAAGCUCGGGAAGUAAUUAUGGGCUCUUCAGUGUCGGGAGUACUAUCAAGCAUGCGUAUUGCCAACUUAACAAUGGCCAGCUGUAUGAUUGCGCUUGCGGUGGGACAAGUGAUCCGAUCAAGUUCGGCAUUUACUGUUAUGGCAGAUGCACUCUCGGUCCUAUACACCAUCUUUUUUGCGCUAAUAUUGGUGGGCUAUGAGCUGCGAACAGCUUACAUCGACAAGAUGCUGCGUGGAAGCUUUGGCUUUAUGUACAGUCCCUGGGGACGAUGCCUUUUUCUGAGCAUGAUCUCCAUCUUUCCAUUCGGCAUGUGCGGCAUUUAUGGCAUUCUUGUGUCACUUGCAGGCUUUUCAAAUGCAUAUUUUAACUAUUUCGUCAUCACGAAGCAUCCAUCAUUUACGCGCGGUGUUCCGGACUAUACUCCACCUGAAAAGACACCAGCUACUAAGAUAGUCACGGAAGUAGACACUACUGUUUGA